UAAUGGUUUCCAUCCCUGAAUACUAUGAAGGAAAGAACAUCCUCCUGACAGGAGCUACAGGUUUCUUGGGAAAAGUGCUUCUGGAAAAGCUGCUCAGAUCUUGUCCUAAAGUGAAAGCAGUGUAUGUAUUGGUAAGACACAAAGCAGGGCAGACACCUGAAGCACGAGUAGAAGAAAUUACCAGCUGUAAGCUCUUUGACAGGUUGAGAGACGAGCAGCCAGACUUCAGAGCAAAAAUAAUAGUAGUUACAAGUGAACUUGUACAGCCUGAUCUGGACAUUAGUGGACCAAUCAAGGAAGAACUUAUAAACUGCAUUAAUAUUGUAUUUCAUUGUGCUGCUACAGUCAGAUUCAAUGAAACACUAAGAGAUGCUGUUCGGUUAAAUGUGAUUGCCACACAACAGCUCCUCUUCUUGGCACAGCAAAUGAAGAAUCUGGAAGUGUUCAUGCAUGUUUCAACUGCCUUUGCAUAUUGUGAUCGAAAACAUAUUGAGGAAAUAGUUUAUCCACCUUCUGUUGAUCCUGGGAAACUGAUUGAUUUUCUUGAGUGGAUGGAUGAUGGCCUAGUGAAAGAUAUUACUCCUAAACUGAUAGGCAGCAGUCCUAAUACUUACACAUAUACAAAAGCCUUAGCCGAAUAUGUAGUACAGCAAGAAAGUGCAAAAUUAAAUGCAGCCAUUAUAAGGCCGUCUAUUGUUGGUGCUAGCUGGAAGGAGCCUUUUCCUGGAUGGAUUGAUAACUUCAACGGACCUAGUGGUCUCUUCAUUGCUGCAGGAAAAGGAAUUCUUCGAACAAUGAGAGCUUCCAACAGUGCAGUAGCAGAUCUUGUUCCAGUAGAUGUUGUUGUCAAUAUGACACUGGCUGCAGCCUGGUAUUCUGGAAUUAAUAGACCAAGAAAUGUCAUGGUAUAUAACUGUACAACAGGUGGCACCAAUCCUUUCCACUGGGGUGAACUUGAAUACCAUGUAAUUUCUACUUUCAAGAGGAAUCCUCUCGAACAGGCCUUCAGACGGCCCAAUGUAAAUCUAACUUCCAAUCACCUUUUAUAUCAUUACUGGAUUGCUGUAAGCCAUAAGGCCCCAGCAUUCCUGUAUGAUAUCUACCUCAGGAUUACUGGAAGAAGCCCAAGGAUGAUGAAAACAAUAACACGUCUUCAUAAGUCCAUGGUGGUGUUAGAAUACUUUACAAGCAAGUCUUGGACCUGGAAUACUGAAAAUAUGACUAUGCUAAUGAACCAGCUAAACCCCCAAGACAAAAAGACGUUUAAUUUUGAUGUUCGACAACUACAUUGGGCAGAAUACAUGGAAAGUUACUGCAUGGGAACGAAAAAAUAUGUGCUGAAUGAAGAAAUGUCUGGCCUCCCUGCAGCUAGGAAACACUUGAAUAAGUUAAGGAAUAUACGCUAUGGCUUCAAUACAGUUCUUGUGAUCCUGAUCUGGCGUAUCUUUAUUGCAAGAUCACAAAUGGCAAGAAAUAUCUGGUACUUUGUGGUUAGUCUGUGUUACAAGUUCCUCUCCUACUUCAGAGCCUCCAGUACUAUGAGAUACUGAAGAAGAGAAUUUAGCAUUAGGACAUCUAUGCAUAUGGUGGUCUAACUGCACAAAGCCUGUAACAUGUAGUCAUCUCACAUUUUGUAAAAGCAUAAUUUCAUCUUAAAUUGGAGUGCAAAAUAUACGGUAUGGUAUAUGUAAUGUUAGUUGUGUAUCUUCCUGGAAACAGAUGAAAAUAAAAUGGUCAAGUGCCAGGUUGAAUUGGCAUUAGACAAGCUUUUAAAUAACUUUAACUCUUUGACCUGGGGAAAAACAUUUUAGACCAUUGACCAACACAACUGUGCAAUUUGGAACGUGUUUGAUUGAAAUCUGC